CUGGUGCGUCACGUGGCUGAGCAGCGAGCGUCUCGGGCUCAGCAGCUGGCCGCCGGGCAUGGACCCUCUCACCGCUGGGGCCCAAGCGUUGGGGGCCGCGGAGCCGCCGCGGGGCCGGCCGCUGCUGAGCGCGCGGGAGGCGUCCCCCGCCCCGGGGGCUGCCUUUGUGCUGGCUGACCACUCUGGUCAGGAGAGAGAGACUGAGAAGGCCAUGGAUCGACUAGCCACUGGAGCCCAGAGCAUCCCUAACGAUAGUCCUGCCCGUGGUGAGAGCAUCCAUUCUGAAGAGGAAGGCUUUGCUGUGGAUGAUGAGGACUCUGAUGGGGACCUGAACACAUGGGAGCUGUCAGAAGGGGUGUCCGGCUGUCCACCCAAGGAGCAGGCUGCCGACCUUUUUAAUGAGGACUGGGACUUGGAGUUGAAAGCAGAUCAAGGGAAUCCAUAUGAUGCCGACGACAUCCAGGGUUGCCUUUCUCAAGAGGUCAGACCUUGGGUGUGCUGUGCCCCACAAGGAGACAUGAUCUAUGACCCCAGUUGGCACCACCCGCCUCCACUGAUACCCCAUUAUUCCAAGAUGGUCUUUGAAACGGGACAGUUUGAUGAUGCCGAAGACUGAGGGUGCCGCCCUGGCCUGGUGGGCGGGCGGGCCUUCCAGGUCAAGGUCUCCUUCUUUUGAGGUGAGAUGUCACAUCCGAGGAGACAUUCCCGGUGAUCCCCAAGCUGGGCACACAGACUGGUGUUAAGUAAGGUCUGCCACCUCCUGUUCUGUUGUUGUUGUUGUUUUUAAUGAGCUUCUCCCAGGUAUGUGUGUGUACGUCUGUGUCGGGAGAGGAGUAGAAAACUUUAUAAAUAAAGGUAGGAAAUGAUCAAUA